AUGGACACAGUGCGAGAGCCAGGGAAGACUGGCUGGGAAGACUGGGCAUUCGAAAGCACCGCAAGGAUGCUCCAGGGUCUAGUGACCCCAGGGGACUCUGACUUCCCGUUGCCUUUCCCCAAGUCCCUGCAAACAGUCACGCACUCCCGGGGCUCUCCACCCGCCCUCCUCCCGGCGUCCACGGGACAAGCCGGCUGCACCAGCCUCUGCCCGAGCGAGCGUCGGGUCACCCCGCCGUGGUGGGCUCAGCUCGGGCGCUGGGCACGGCGCACCCCCACCCCACCCCCGGCACAGCCUCAGCCGCCCUCCUCUGCAGGCGCCGAGCCCGGGCGGCAGGGCGCGCACUGCCGUCGGGGCGCGCACCGCCUCUCUGGCCGCCAGCGCCAUUGCCUGCGAGUCCCGACGCCGUUCCACUUACGGUUCCUGCCGCGGCUCCGAGGUGCCCGGCCCCAGCCCCCAGGCCUCCCGGCCCGCCCAGCCCGGCUCCCAUUCGGGCCGCUCCGGCCCGGGCCGCGCACCCCGGAAGUGGGCGUCGGAUCCCGAGGAGCCAGGCCCGCGCCCCGCUGCCGUCCAGGCACGGCCUCCGGGAUCACCCACUCGGGGCUGCACCGCUCCGCGCCCCCGCGGGUCCGCUCCGGACUUACCUGCCCCGCCAGGUGAGCCGCCUCCCGUCAGCCCU